AAGGUGAAGAAAAGAAAAGAAAACAUGGUGGUUACGGACAGGAAGGAAAAAAGUUUCUAAAGGUGCUUUUUCUUUCUAGCGGUAGUUAGUAUUCUCUCUCUCUCUCUCUUCCCAGUCUCUUCCCUUUAUUCACGCCGCUCUCACUUCCAAUCUCAUGCUUUUCUCUUCCACUGCUAGGAGAAAAAAACAAGGAGAAAACUUUCCUGUAUCUCCAUUCCAUUACCAUAGCUGAAACAGAAUAUCACAACCAAGCCUCCGGCCUUCACUCUCUCUUAGAUCCCAACAGAGAUAAUGUCUCAGUUCUCUUUCUCAGCAAGCACCUUCAAGAAAAGAGAAUUCUCUAGUCUUCUCCUCUCUGACUUCUUCCAUAUUUGUUUCUUCAUCCUCUCUCACCCUCUUUACUUUUCUUACUUCAUUUUCUUCUCCCCAUAUCUUCUCAAGCUUCUCUCUUUCCUGUCUCCUCUCUUCAUCACCACCUUUCUUCUACUCCUUGUUCUUCUCACUUUUUCUCCCAACCUUGUCCAAGAACACUCUCACUCCGAAUUGUCAGAAUCCGGGUGGGUUUUCUUGUUGGUACAUGUCAUUCUGUUUUCGAAAGAUUACAGUCUAUAGCACGAUGAAGAUGAAAAUUCUCAACAAUUUGAGGAUCUUGAAGUGUAUAAGAUUGUUUUUGACACAUCGACGUUUGAAAUUAGAGAGGACCCUGCGGAAGUUUUGGAGUUGGAAGUUAAAGAAGUUUGCUCAGAAGCAUAUGAUGCACCGGUUGACAAGAGUUUGGAUUGUGGGGACAAUUUUAUUGGUGGAUUGGAAUCUCUAACAGGCAAUUCAGAUACAUAUCCGGCUGAGACAAUAAAGCCGGGAAUCACUCAGCAGAUUGUCGAUGUGAAGAGAUUAGAAUGCUUUUUUCAAGAAAAGAACGAGUUAGAAACUAUGUGGGGUAUGGAGGAAGAGAAAGAAGUCAACCAACCAGGCGUAGAGUCCUAUAAAGUGGAAGAAAGAACAGAAAAACUGUCCAUGAGAAGCGGAUCCGAGGCAGUGUGUAAUAAAACAAAUGAUACUACUGUGAACACUGACUAUGGUGGAAAGCUGGAUUCCAAAAUGAGGGUGAAUUCCAGGAGACUGGGUGCAAGUAUGGAGAGUCCUAGUAGUGAUGGAGGGUAUAAUUCCCCAGUUAUGGAGAAUUAUCAAACAUUUGACUCAAAUCUAGGAAGUUUUGGCUCCAUGAGGAAAGAGAAGGAGUGGAGAAGGACAUUGGCAUGCAAGCUUUUCGAGGAACGACACAAUGUGGAUGGAAGUGAAGGGAUGGAUUUACUUUGGGAGACAUACGAGACAGAAUCGAGUAAGGUGCAGGCAAAAAGCAACAAGAAGAAGGGGAAGAACAGCGGGGUUGACUAUGAGGAUGAGGAUGAAGAAGAGGAAGACAUGGAUGCACAGCUGUGCUGCUUACAGGCUUUGAAGUUCUCAGCAGGGAAGAUGAACUUAGGAAUGGGAAGGCCUAAUCUUGUCAAGAUCUCCAAGGCCCUGAAAGGUAUAGGAUGGUUGCACAAUCUCGGCAGGAAUGGCAAGAAAGUGUACCAUUGAAUCAAGAUUUUAUCUUAUCAAUGUCAUAUUGGCAAUAUCAGAUAUGUGUAAUGUUCAAGGAUCACAAGUAAAUAUUGCCUCUUGUUUCACAUUUUAUUGAUAUGUUUUCUUCCCUUCAAUCUGGGGACAGUGUGCAUGUAAAAAUUAAAUCUCCAAACUGUGUAUAGAGAGCAGAAGGGCAAAAGAUCACUUCUCUCCAGAGCUUGGAUUAUUA